CGGUUUUAUCCCGUUAAAAUCAAAUAUUUAACAUUGUUGCCAAUUGAGUUAAAGGUGAUAACGAGGGUCACGUGAUAUUGCAAAGUACUAGAAAUUGUGGACAAUAUAAUAAUUGAAAGUAAUUUGUAACGAAAAUCCACCAAAAAUACGUUUUUUAAGACAAUUUUUUUAAUUUUCGGAAGUGACUAAGGCUACACUCGGAAACGUCACGAAUGUCACUUUUGACAGUUUGUGGUUAAAAACGUGUACGAAUUUGGUGGAAAUUGUGUUGCAAAAUGCCGAAAUUCGACAAGAAGCGCAACAAAAAUCGCUUCAAACCUCGAUUCCAGGGGAAAUCAAACAGACCGCAAGUAAACCGUGAAUACCAGCACCAAAAUCAAUUACGCGAAAUCGAUGUCGGCAUUACCAAAUUCAUUAACACGUUUGAGGGUUUUUCCGGUGUGAUUAAAGCUCGAUUUUCCGAUUUUCAAGUGAAUGAAAUCGACCUAAACGGCCAGAUUGCUAAACUAACAAAUUUGGAAAUCCCCAAAGUUGAAAAAGUGGAAAAAGCUGAUCCACCUGUUGACAGCCCUCUGUCUCAAAUCCCGCAAGAAAUAUGGGCUGCUUUGAAACAAAUUCUUGACGAGUCAGAGCCGCCCUUGGUCGAGCUUGACGUCAGUGAAAUGACAAAAGAGAAUCGCACGGAAGUCCACCAGAGUUUAAAAAAAUAUUUCUCGGGGAAAAUCUGUGCCAAUACCGAAACGAAAAAUGAUAAGAAAUAUAUGACUUUUAAAAAAUGUGACGCCAAAAGCGACAAUCGGUUAAGUUGGCCGAAAGAUAAAGGGGAGUUUGUCCACUUUCUUGUUUACAAGGAAUGUCUUGACACUUUAGACACUUCUUUGAGGAUCGCCUCUUGUUUAAAAAUAGCGCCAGCGAAUUUGAAUUACGCUGGGGUUAAAGACAGAAGGGCGAAAACCACUCAAUGGUUUUCGGUAAAAAAGGUCGCACCCUGGAAAUUGAUGGUAAAAACUCGACCCAUACGUAACGUUAAAAUUGGUAACAUCACUUUCAAAGACAAACCGUUGAAACUAGGCGACUUGACCGGCAAUAAAUUCCGAAUCGCUCUCAGAAAUGUGACUGGAGAAGACGAUUUGAUCGAAAAGUCGCUCAACAGUCUCAAAGACAAGGGCUUUGUCAAUUACUACGGGUUGCAAAGGUUCGGAAAUGACAAAGAAGUGCCUACCUUUUCGAUCGGAAUCCAACUUCUGUUGGGUAAUUGGAAAGAGGCCUGUGAUGUUAUUUUGAAACUAACAAAGUCGGAUCAACCCGAUUUGGACAUCUCCAAAGCCAAAAAAGUAUACGUUGAAACAGGCAACGCGGAAAUGGCCUUAAAACAAUUUGAAGGCAAAAAUUCGUCUAUCGAGUAUUUGUUAUUGUCAGGAUUGAGCAAAGAACAUAAAAAUGAUUACGUUAACGCUUUAUCGAGUAUACCGAGAAAUACGAGACUGCUUUACAUUCACUCGUUUCAAAGUUUAGUUUGGAAUUUAGUAGCAUCGAAACGAAUUGAAAAAUACGGUCUUAACGCCGUCGAAGGCGACUUAAUUCUUCUCGAGAAUCCAAAAAAAACGUCGGAAAAUGAAGGAGAGGAUUGUGACGAGAAUAAAAAAAUACCCGUGAAAGCACUAUCCGCCGACGAGUGCACAAACUACACAAUUUAUGACAUUGUUUUACCACUGCCGGGCUAUGAUAUAACUUAUCCAGAAAAUCUGAAAGACUGUUACAAAGAAAUUUUAGAGAAUUACGGCUUAAGUUUAGAAAUGACGAAACAAAAAGUACGUACAUAUACGUUGAGUGGAACUUAUCGUAAACUAAUGGGACAAGUACAGGAUCUUUCGUGGAAAAUAAUGUACUAUAACGACCCUAAUUUUAAUUUAAUUAGAUCAGAUUUGGAAGAACUGAAAGGAGAAGAAGAACCUAAGAGUGUUGAAGGAGGAAAAUACAAAGCGCUAGUGUUGGAAUUUUGUCUCGAUUCGUCCUCUUAUGCAACGAUGGUUUUACGCGAAAUUUUAAAAACUGACACUUCAAGUAGCUCCCAUGCGAAAUUGAAUAAUUAUCAUGUUGCUACAACACCAGAAAAAAACACUUCUGAAGACAAUGAGGAAUUUUCAGAUAAAACCGGUUUACUUAGCGACUCACAAAAAUACGAAGCCUUCAAAAAUAUCGUCUUUAGUGAAAACGAAACGGGCUUGAAACGCAAAUGUGAGGAGGAAAAUGAGGAAAAGGCGAAAAUUGUAAUUACAGAAAACUUUUAUACCGACUCGAAAUAAAAAAACCUUGAA